AUGUCGGUGACCACUACGGAGAAUCAAGUCUCUUACAGUAUCGCGCAGACGCUUCGCGAGUACGAUGUCCACCAUUCAAACCAAGAAGCGGAAGACGCACCUCUCGAGACGCCGACCAACCUGCCAACAAGUCGCAAUCCGACAAACUGGCCAACAAGUCAUAGGAGAGUUCCGCCGUACCGUCCUGUGAACAGAAACCUGGACUUGAGCGUCCGAGGGACGGCCAACGCCGUAGAAGCGGCGUUUGUCUUUACAAUGUUGCAUGGAGUUUGGAUCAACGCAGCCGCUUCACAAUUCUGGAGGAAGACUGGCGGGCGCAUCAACGACAAAUACUUCAGAUACAAAAUAGGCGGGGAAUGGUGA